AUGUCUGUCAAUGUUAGUCUCGACUCAUACGACAAAGAGCAGGUGAAACUGAUGGAGGAAAUGUGCAUUCUUGUAGACGAGAAUGAUCGAAGAAUCGGUGCUGAUACGAAAAAAAAUUGUCAUCUUAUGGAAAAUAUAAAUAAGGGGCUCCUCCAUCGUGCCUUUUCUGUUUUCCUUUUCAAUUCCGAAAAUAAAUUAUUGUUACAACAACGGUCUGAUGAUAAAAUUACAUUCCCUGGCUUAUGGACAAACACUUGCUGUUCGCAUCCUUUGAAUACCCCACUUGAAUUGAAGGAAGAUGAUCAAAUUGGUGUUCGUCGUGCAGCUCAAAGAAAAUUAAAUCAUGAGCUGGGUAUUAAUCAUGAACAAGUACCGCUUGACAAAUUUUCAUUUUUGACUAGAAUUCAUUACUUGGCGCCUUCUGAUGGAAUUUGGGGUGAACACGAAGUUGAUUAUAUUCUCAUAAUUCGAGCUAACGUUGAUCUCGAAGUUAACGAAAAUGAAGUUAAGGCUGUGGAGUAUUUAUCUUUGGAAGACUUACGAAAAAGAUUUAAUAAUCCCGGCGAUUGGAAAUUUACGCCCUGGUUCAAACUGAUCUCUGAAAAAUUUCUUUUUGACUGGUGGGAAAAAUUGAAUGAUCUUGACGAAUGCAAGGAUGUCAAAAAAAUCCAUAAACUGGGCUUUUAA